CACUUCCUCCCGCCCCCCCCCCUCAGUCGCUACGUCACCGCGCACGGCCGUCUCCGGCGUCGCCGUGGUAACGGCUUGGAGGAGUCCAGCAUCGCCUUGGGGAGUUAUUAAAUUGAUUCGCAAAAGUCCGGGGGCGAUUUAAGGGUGAAAUUUACGCAGAGCGGUAGAGAUUCCACCCCCCUUCUUGUGUGUGUUUGCCUGCUGCGUCGAGUGUCGCUGUCUCACCAAUGGACAGCGGAGAGGACAGUAGCCCAUGGGACAGCCCUCUUCCGAGCGAACGGGAUCCCGUGAAGAAAGCCGCCAAAGACAAGACGAGAUCCAAGACGAGCGAGGGAGGCAGCAGCACGUGGGAGAGCGAGGAGGAGCCGGCAGCAUCGUCGCCCCCCCCAUCCCGCCGCUUCUCCCGCACAGCGGAAAGCCCCCCCCCAGGGCUCCGAGCCCCCCACCGAGCCUUCGAGCCGCGCGGCCUCGCGCCCCUCAACCGCACGCAGCCUGGGCAAGGCCGAGAGACCGGCAGCGGAAAACCAGCGCAAGCCGCCCAAGGCCUCCGAGAGUCUCGACGAGCCUGAGAUGGUGAGCCGCCUCGAUGGAGGAGGGGACAACGACGGGGCAGGCAGAGACUGGGGUGGCUCUGGCUCCGCGCCUCCCUUCAGCAGCUUCUACGACUCCGUACGAGAUUCCAAUCCGCCGGUGCAAACUCCAGCGCUGAAGGGCGCGCGCGGUGCCCACAAGGCCAGCGUGUACGAGCCCUCUCCAUCCCCUCCGGACCCAGCCCCCUCGCUCGCCCCCAAAGUGGAUAAUCGAGGUGGCCUGGGCAGGCUGUUUGGCGCGGAGCAUGGCUUCUCUGGGUCUUCCCAGCGACUUGUGCAGUCGCCAAAGAGUGAGGCUAAAGGGGGACGUGAGGCUGUCGGUGUAGACGUGAGCUUUGCGAUGGAGCCCAGUGCGGAGAAGCGAGACACGGAGGAGCCAGAAGUCGUCUCGCCCGUGCUGACGAGCGUCGUUUGCUAUCGGGAUUUGAGGUACAUGUACAGCUACCAGCAGGGACCCCUCAGGUCAUCCAGGCCCCCCGUGGUGGUGGAGGAUGACGCCUACAUGAUGCAGCUCGCCGACCGCUGGGAGGUGACGGUGCGCCGUUUUUACCGCGAGCUCUUCGGCGCUCUGUGGCUGCUCGUGGCCACGGUCGCCGUCUUCGCGGUGGAGCUGGCCGAGUUUGCGGGCCGGCUGGUGCGUACGCUGCUCGUGGGGCUGGCCGGCGCCGCCAGCGACUACCUCCUCCGCCCCGCGCUCACCGUGUCCUUCAACGGCCUGCUGAGGCCCGCGGCCGCCUUCACUCGCAGCCUCCUGCUGGCGUUGGCGGAGGCCGCGCGGCCCCUUCUGGCCCUGGCCGGCGAGGCCGUGGACAUUCUGGCACGCACCGUGAGGGCCUUCAGGCUCGUCGAGGUCAAUGUGGUAGGCCGGAAUCUGCACACCAUGUGAGUGCCCAGGCCAGAUUGGCGGUAGAAUUAUAGGCGGUGGCUGCAUCGCUCGGGGAGUUGACAAUGGCCGAGUCGGGAGCUGCGGAGUCGUUAACGUUGAGAGCCUGGGUUCAAAUCAUGGUCGGUUUUGGGGUUUUCCCACGAAUAAUGCGAUCAACAGGUCUGCCAAAUACUGCCAGCACUCGCUGAGAUUCUGGAUUCAAGCUCUAGGGGUUGUGUGUCACCCUCAGGACACGCAUAAUGGUCAUGUCAGACUUAACGAAGCAAGCACAACUGCGAUUGUGGGUUCGCGCUCUGUGGUAGUUGUCUCUUGGGUGGCUCACAAUGGCUCUGUCAAAGAUGAAAUUUCAUUGGAUCCUGGGUUUGAAUCCAGGCUCCAGGCACCUAUGAUUAAACACGGCCAUCAUGUGUAGUGAGUUGAGUUACAAUAAGGUGGUUGUGUGUGACACAGGAGUCUUGUAAUGGCAAUGCCACAGACAGUGCCAGCCCUUGGAGCAAGUGCUCCUCAGUAGCGUCACAAUAUCAGAACAAUGAGCCUUAUAAUGGGUUCGUGAUGGCUGUGGCAGAGAGGCUGGGCCAGUACCACUUAUUUGCUUGGUUUGACUCGGGGCAGCAACCUUAGUUACACAAUUCUGACAAAUCGCCUGAUGAAGCUGGUUAUUGUAAACACCAGCGAAACGUCGUACUCAAAUUGUAAUUGUUGUGGGUAUACUCUGCAACACACCGGUGUGCUGAACUAGUAACUAAUUCACACGUUUUGUUUAAUGACAGACCUUUCUAAUCGGCUGUGUCAGGUGGUGGUGGGUUAAUGACAUUUAUAUUUACGUGAUCUAACCCAAAAAACCUUUAUUAUGGACGUUGGUUAGGAAAGCCACCUACGUGUAAAACGAAACUCAACACAUUCGUCGAUAACACCUCCGAUGAGCACGGUUGGCUAUGUACGGCGCGAAAUAAGUUCAACAUACGUUACGUACGCCAUUGUGCUACAGAACGGGUGGCAUUUCAGGGCAAUGGCCCUCCUUGACGAAUGUGUUGAGUUUAUUUGAUGUUGUUUGUGCUUAGGCCGCCGCUGUCAGUGUCACAAACACCUGUCACAUGUCAUAUUCUUCACUGAAAUUCAGCCGGGCACAAUUUUGGUGGGAGAAACUUUCUAGAAAUUUGGCGGAUGACUCCGGAUAGCGCGGUUGGCUACGUAGUGGCGGGAAGGAAGUUCAAC